AUUUCUAAUUCAAUCUUUUUCGCACAUUUUUCUCGACAUGCGCCUCCCGAUUUUCAGGAUCAGUAUUGCAGAUUGUGACCCUAUUUAAAUGAAAAUUAAUUUUUCGAAUUAACGUUUACACAGCUGCUUCUGUCUUCUUUCGAUCCGAGCCCUCGCGCGUGCUAAUAGUUCCGCGUCCCGGUUUUGUGCGGGAAAAAUAUCCAAUAUAGCCCCGUUAGACAUGAGUCAGUUCAUAUUCAUACAUUAUUCAUAGGUGUCCCGAUGGAUUUAACAUCGCAGUUGUGUACAUAUCGCGGUGAGAUUGGUUCACUAAUACUUAUUCUUCUCACGGUGCUUCACGUAACCGUCAUCGCAGAAGCAACACCAUGGCCUCAAGAAGCAACAACAACAACCAUCCGUGUCCAGGAACGCGUCCAUGUCGAGGAGCAUGUUCGAGUCGCCAAAAUCACAUGCGACGGGACUCUCUACCCGGAGCAAUGCAUCUCUCUCCUGUCCUCCCUCCCUAAUCUCGCCUCUAGAUCAGUCACGGAGAUGAUGAGUAUCGUCCUCAACCAAACUGUGAUUGAGAUAGAUUUAUGUUCCUGUCAUGUCGCCGAUGUGAAAAAGACCCACGAAAACCUCGCAGGUGUUGAACACCAAGCUCUGGACGACUGCAUCACUCUGUUCGAGGACACUAACUCCGCCCUGAGGGAAAUCAUCUCCCAGUUCGAGGAAAAUGAAACAGGCCCGAAACCCUACCACAACUUGCAGACGGUUCUCAGCGGGGCUAUGACCAACGUCCACACGUGCUUGGAUAGUUUGGGUUAUCAUAGUGGGAACAACUUGGCUGACAAGUUCCGGGAGAAGCUCACAAGAGUUACCGGGCACGUGAGUAACUCUCUUGUCAUGCUUAAGAAAGUUCCCGAAAGCACGAAAGCAACCAAUGAUGAAGUUUUCCCGGAGUUUGGGGAGCUUCAAGGAGGAUUCCCGACGUGGGUGACGAAACGCGACAGGAGAUUCGUAGUUAAAGAUCCGAAGUCGAUGUCGUAUGAUUGUGUGGUGGCCACAGACGGCACUGGGAAAUUCAAAAGCGUGCAAGCGGCUAUCAAUUCUGCUCCGGACAAAAGCAAGAAAAGGUUUACAAUAUAUAUCAAAGCCGGAAAGUACAAGGAGCAAGUGAAAGUGAGCAAGAAAAAAAUGAAUCUAAUGCUUAUUGGAGAUGGGGUUGGAAAGACGAUCAUAACGGGCAGUAAGAAUGUUGUUGAUGGAUCGACUACUUUUAGAUCAGCUACAUUUGCUGUUUCAGGGGCAGGCUUCAUAGCCAAAGGCAUAACCUUCGAAAACACGGCCGGCCCCGAGAAGCACCAAGCCGUGGCGGUGAGAAACAGCGCCGACCUCUCAGUAUUCUACAAGUGCAGCUUCCAUGGUUUCCAAGACACACUCUACACCUUCUCCAACCGCCAAUUCUAUCGGGAGUGCGACAUUUUCGGAACCGUCGACUUCAUCUUCGGCAACGCAGCGGCAGUUUUCCAGAAGUGCAAUCUGCGCGCCCGGAAACCCGGCGAAAAGCAAAACACUCUCGUCUACACCGCGCAAGGGCGGAAGGACCCCAACCAGAACACCGGGAUAUCCAUCAUAGACUGCAAGGUGGAUGCCACGAGGGAUUUGGCGCCUAUCAAGGGUCAAUACAAGGUCUACCUCGGUCGCCCGUGGAAGCAGUAUUC